AUGGAGAUGUCGCCGGGUUGGUUUUGGUAUUUCUGUAGGCGAGGAAGGUCGUAUCUUGGUGUUCUUUUUCUACAACUUGGAUACGCUAUUAACAACAUUUUAGUAAAGUCUGCUUUAAACGAGGGGUUAAAUCCGUACACAUUUUCUGUUUAUCGUAACGUUGCUGCAGCCGUUGCUUUCGGCCCUUUUGCACUAUAUUUUGAAAGGAACAUACGUACUAGAAUGACAUUUCCCGUGUUUUGGAAGAUAAUGUUGUUGGCACUAAUAGAGCCGGUUUUGGACCAAAUACUAUACUACACCGGGAUGAAGUAUACAACAGCAACCUUUGCCAUCGCAAUGUGCAAUGUUCUACCCGCGAUAACAUUUGUCAUGGCAUGGAUCUUUAGGCUUGAGAAGGUGAAUGUAAAAAAAUUGCAUAGUCAAGGGAAGAUCUUAGGAACCCUUGUGACUGUUGGUGGAGCCAUGGUUAUGACACUUGUUAAUGGACCACCGGUUCCAUUGCCAUGGACUAAGGAGGGCAGCGAGGCGCACCAUGCUCUAGUCCCCAACCCUGUGAUCUCUCAAGACCAACACAUCAAGGGUGCCAUCAUGAUAACUGCUGGUUGCUUUUGUUGGGCUAGCUUUUACAUUCUUCAGGCUAUGACUCUCAAGGAAUACCCGGCUCAAUUAUCCCUCACAACCCUUAUAUGUACGAUGGGUGCUUUACAAGGAACCAUCGUUACUUUGAUUAUCGAGAAGGCUAAAUUUGGCAUCUGGUCUAUGCAAACCGAGACUGAAAUUGUGGCUACACUUUAUAGCGGAAUCGUUCGAUCCGGGGCUAGCUACUACGUUUCAGGGCUAGUUAUGAAGGAAAAAGGACCCUUUUUCGUGACCGCCUUCAACCCUCUCGGGAUGGUGAUCGUUGCAAUCGUGAGCUCGUUCGCACUCGCGGAAAGAUUAGUUUUAGGAAGAGUUCUUGGAGCAUUUAUCAUUUUAGCCGGUUUGUACCUGAUCAUAUGGGGUAAGAGUAAGGAUUCGAGUUUAUCAAGCUCGAAUUCGAGUGAAGUAGAACUCAGUGAUCAAGAAACAUGUGAUAAUAAAUAUCUGGAUGAUGCGAAGGCUUUAAAGGAAGAUCGAAGAAGUGAAGCUGUUGUUUGAUUCUUUAAUUUAUAG